AGACUUGCUCACUUGUUUGGUGAGAGUCAGCUGACCACACUGGGGAAAUUUGUUGACGAAAGUAUCGUUAGUACAGCCAUGUCCCGUAUCGGUGAUCAAUGUAUUGAUCGAUCACAGCGUGUAGUGCAUGUGCUGAAGUACUUCUGAAGCGUUUUCCAGCAGUUGAAUCUGAAUCUACUGAACAGGGUCCGACACCAUGCUAGCCACAGUGACUGCUGUGGUUAGGUUUGCUCAGUACAAUGGCAGUGUUUCACCUACACCCCUGGAGAACACAUCAGCAUACCCAACGUGGCAAUCGGACACUGAAGCCAACAUCUCCAAGCCUCACAAAUGUCUACAAGUACUGUAUGAGGACAUUGGAGACUCCAGGGUGCGCUUCUGGGACAUUUUACUGCUGGUGCCUAAUGUGGCCUUCUUUGUGUUCCUGAUGUGGAAGCUGCCCUCAGCCAGGGCGAAGAUUCGACUCACCUCUAGCCCCAUCUUCGUCACCUUUUACUUGCUGGUGUUUGUUGUAGCAGCGGUUGGAAUCACCAGGGCCGUAGUGUCCAUGACUGUCAGUGCGUCCAGUGCUGCCACCAUCAUAGACAAAGUGCUGUGGGAAAUCACCCGCUUCUUCUUGCUGGCUAUUGAGCUCAGCGUUAUAAUCUUGGGACUGGCUUUCGGUCACCUGGAGAGCAAUUCCAGUAUAAAGCGUGUGCUGGCUAUCACUGCUGUGCUGGCUCUGGGCUACUCCAUCACACAGGGCACACUAGAGAUCCUGUAUCCAGACAGUCACCUGUCUGCUGAGGACUUCAACAUCUAUGGUCACGGAGGGCGGCACUUCUGGUUGGCCAGCUCAUGCUUCUUCUUCUUGGUGUACUCUUUGAUUGUGAUCUUGCCUAAAACUCCAGUGAGGGACAGGAUAUCUCUUCCAUCUAAGAGGAGUUUCUAUGUGUAUGCUGCCAUCCUGUCUUUACUGAACCUGGUCCAAGGCCUGGGCAGUGCUCUGCUAUGUGCUGGAAUUAUAGAAGGACUUUGCUGUGUGGACGUCACCACCUUCCUGUACUUCUCCACCUUUGCUCCACUGAUUUAUGUCACAUUCCUCAAGGGCUUCUUUGGCUCAGAGCCCAAGAUCCUGUUCUCCUACAAGUCACAGGUGGACGAGCCGGAUGAAAGUGACGUCCACCUUCCCCCAACCGUCGCUACGACCAUUGGCCGUAAGGAGCUGACCGACCAGGGCCUGUACUACUCCUCCACCCAGAUUGAUGGCUCUGGACCUGGCAGCUCUCGUAUGGUUGGAGCAUACCUGGAUGAUGUUGCCUCCGGACCCUAUGGGUCCAGCAGCAUUAACAGCAUUGAAGCGGACCGCUGGAGACCUAUCAAUGCGUGAAUCCAUAAAGAAGAGAGAUGGUUAUACAGCUGGACUUAUAUGUUGUGAGUGUGUGAUGUGUUAUGCGGGGUGGUGAUCAGAGGAGUUGGCCCAAAAAAAUGCAGAACAAAGUUGUCGGACACCAAGAAAAUGUAAUCUUGGGCUUGCUUUGACGCCAGGAUAAGUUAACAAGUGAACACUUAAGGAGAGACCUUUGCUAGCCAAUUAUCUGGAGGACUGAUUUAGCAACUGCUUUUGUAACACUGUUGCCAGAGUGCACUGCUGCUGCAGCUCCACAAGAGGAGUACUGUCCCUCAUUGUGCCCCCGACAGACAGACUCCCUAUUGAUUCCACAGGCUCUUAAAUGUGGAAGCUUCCUGACACUCUGCACAUUCCAGCAUCAUGCAUCAACUGCUCAGCCCUCAUUGAUGAUGUUUUAACCCUGUUUAAAGUACCCAAGUCUUUACAAUCUAACAUUCUUUUGAUGAUGACUCAACAUCGAUACAUUCCCACUAAAAGUUUUGAGUAACAGAAUCUCAACUGACUUUGUUAUCUGCUGCCUUGUAUUAGAUUUGUGACCCAACCCGGCUAAUAAUUUUUUUUUUUUACUCAAUCACCGUGCCUCUCUACACAGGGCAAGGACUAGUACUAAGUCAUUUUGAUAGGUGUACUUUGUCUUCUGAAAUAGGCGCUGUCCCUCCUGUGAACAAGUGAAAGGUGUUAGCUCGAUGUGUGUCACUGCAAUAUUAUAAGUUAAACACAGGCAUUGCAUUCGUGCAAAAGAUGACGAACCGUCUGUUCGGCUCUCUGCCAGGAAAGGCUGAGACACGAGUGCAGAUCUCAAAUUGUAUCUCAACCCUAAACUUGCUAGCUGUUAUUUUUCUCCUCUUGUAUUUAUUUUAUGCUUUUGCUUAAAAUUUCUUACACCAGAUUAAUCAUUCCUGCUACUGAAAGAACAUUUGUCAGCUUCAUAGUCAUUAAGGACGUGCGUGAUUUGAACAGAUGUGCAGAAACCUUUUUUUGUGUGUAUUCCAAAUUAGACAUGCCCUCAUUUCAUAUCAGCGUAUGUAGUUCAGUUUUGCUUGCUGCAAAAGGGUUGCUGUUAUAAAGUUUGUUUUUUGCUGCUAAUGUCUUUUUUUCCCCCUCCUGUGUUCAGAGUUUCCCCGAAUGUUCCGAAAGAAGUGAAAUUUGACUAUAAACAGUAUUGCUGAAUUAAUUAUUCAGUGGUAUCAAAUGAUGGUAUUGAUACAGUGUCAUUAUACACAUAUGAACUUUAAAUUCCCUCUGAGCAAGAGAGGCUCAGGAACUGUGUCAAAGACGGGUCAUUUUAAGGCCGCGUCAAGGUUGCAGAGCAAGUGUACCAUUCCGAUCAAUUUUGGUCUUGAAUUGUUCGAUUUUUGGUUCAACUCCUGAAAUCAGUUCACGUCAUACCUCCUGGUAUUACUACAAGAUCAUACUUUAGUCUGUUUAAACCACCUCACAUCACAUGUACUUAAGCCUACCAAGGCAACCAAUAUGAUGAUGUGUGUGUGUGAGUUUUUCCCCUGGAAAUGCUAUAUGCUUGAUAUGAAUGGAUUACCUUAUUUAAGCUAGCAGUAUUCAUAGAUAGUGGCGACCUGUAUGCAGAAAACACAGAGUUACAAUUAUUUUUUCAUCAAUUUAAAGCAACAAGUGUAAAAAAAAUUUAAAAAAAGUUGUGCAUUUCCAAGGAAUUACAGUAUUUGCCUGACUCUUGAAAUACUUUAUAUUGAAGUUUGAGUGCUGGUGAUAACUGCUGUAUUGCUUAGAAUAGUGAUUGGGAAAUCAGUUUGCUGUUUUGAUGGCACGAGUUCACAAGGUACAUCUUUAUGGAAGUCCACUCUCUUAAUAUGUGAGAUGUUUGAUGUUGAAAUCAUUUUGCAAAUGAUCUGUGAAUUGCCUUUUUUAUUUAAGUGCAUUGAUUGUAUAAUAUUCAGCCCAUAUUAAUGCAAUGUAUUGACCAUUCCAUGACCCGCAGAAUAAAACCAUGGACUCUU